CUGCCUAUCCGUUUAGAUGCACGCGCUCCGCUCCGCACUCGCAUCCACAGGGGGGCCUUGACCGACUCCUCUUCGACUGUCAAGAAAACGCACCGUAUAACGGCAGCAUUUGCUAUCCAACAAACCUGUCUUUGAUCUGAAAGCAAAUACGAGGCCCCCUUCCCCAAAAGACUGUGCGAAGGAAACGAUUUGCGGACAGAUACGAUGGCGGAAUCGGGCAGUAGCGCGGCGGCGGCCGGAGCCGCGGGCUCGAAUAGCAGUGCCGCCGGGGCUGGAGGAGCCGUCGCACCCGGGGGACCAAACGGAGCGGCGGGAUCCAAGCCUGGCCUGGAGUCUGUGAAGGGACAGAAUUUUGAUGUUGGCCCCCGAUACACUGAUCUCCAAUACAUCGGGGAGGGGGCCUACGGGAUGGUCUGCUCAGCUUUUGAUAAUGUGAAUAAGAUCCGGGUGGCCAUUAAGAAGAUAAGUCCAUUUGAACACCAGACCUACUGCCAGCGCACCCUGAGAGAGAUCAAAAUCCUCCUGCGGUUCCAUCAUGAGAACAUCAUCGGGAUCAAUGACAUCCUGAGAGCUCGCCACAUUGAUUAUAUGAGGGAUGUCUAUAUCGUGCAGGACCUGAUGGAGACCGACCUAUAUAAACUGCUGAAGACACAGCAACUCAGCAACGACCAUAUCUGCUACUUUCUGUAUCAGAUCCUGCGAGGGCUGAAAUACAUUCACUCUGCCAAUGUGCUGCACAGAGACCUGAAGCCCUCAAACCUUCUCAUCAACACCACCUGUGACCUCAAGAUCUGUGACUUUGGGUUGGCACGGAUAGCCGACCCUGAACAUGACCACACUGGAUUUCUCACAGAGUAUGUGGCUACUCGCUGGUACCGUGCCCCUGAGAUCAUGCUCAACUCCAAGGGCUACACCAAGUCCAUUGAUAUUUGGUCUGUGGGAUGCAUCCUGGCUGAGAUGUUGUCCAACAGACCCAUCUUCCCCGGGAAGCACUAUCUGGACCAGCUCAACCAUAUAUUGGGUGUUUUGGGCUCCCCCUCUCAAGAUGAUCUGAACUGCAUUAUCAACAUGAAGGCCAGGAACUACCUCCAGUCUUUACCACAGAAACCCAAGAUCCCAUGGAACAAGCUGUUUCCCAAAGCAGACAACAAAGCUUUGGAUUUAUUGGAUCGCAUGUUAACCUUUAACCCUAUCAAACGUAUAACUGUGGAGGAAGCACUGGCCCAUCCCUACCUUGAGCAGUACUAUGACCCAUCUGAUGAGCCGGUAGCUGAGGAACCCUUCACUUUCAACAUGGAGCUGGACGACCUUCCUAAAGAAAAGCUGAAAGAGCUCAUCUUUGAGGAGACGGCACGCUUCCAGGCCAAUUACCAGGGUUCCUGAGAGGGACAGUCAUCACGGAGAAUAAGCGAGCAGUGCGGAGUCCCAUCUAAAGAAAACUCCAAGACGACCUGCGAAAAACAUAUACAUACAUGCAUAUAUACAUUAAAAAAGAUAAAAGCAAGAUAAAAAAAAAUCAAAAAUGUACAUUUAAAAUCUUCAGCUUUGUUUGAUCUGUCCAUCUCUCUUUUCUCGCUGGGAAGCUGUGCGCUAGUUUGGGCUUCUAACAUCUUAUCAUAACGCCAUUAAUGGGGGCCGUCAGACUCACUAUUCUCAUCACAUCCCGCACACAGCUCCUGCUCUCUCUCUUUCUCUCCAACAAUCACAUCUUUCACCCUUUCUGUCAAUACCCUGCUUCUCUCUCUGUUCGGAUCCAUCUCUUUCUCUUUCUGUCGAGGGUCUGUCUCUCUUUUCUGCUCUGUGGUGUUCCGGGUGUUAGUUUGUUUUGGUUUUCAUUCCAAUAGAGAUGGAAACAGAGAGAAGUUCUAGGAUGGGCACUGACCGGUGUGUGUGUGUGUAUAUAUAAGUGGUUUUGAGUUUCAUUGGAGUAUUGUAAGUCGGCGAUCUGUUUGUAUACUGUAAUUUGAACGUUUCGAUCAGUUACAAAUCGUGUUUUGUAAUGUUGGGAAUUUCUAUUUGGAUAUCUUUUGAAAAUAUAAAGUCAUUGCUUGUGUUUUUUUUUCCUUUUUUGAAAUUCAUUUAUUGAGCUUGGACUUUUCUAUUUGUGAGGAGGAAUAUAGUAAACGGUAAGAACAGGAUGAUUGGAGGAAACGGAGAGCGAGAUGGAAUUGUAUCAUCUGCUGUAAAAGAUCACGUUCUACUGUCGAGACUCGUUCUUGCCAACGUUCUUGGGAAAUUUAAGCCAUCAGUAUCAUUUUUUCUUGCUUUAAGGCGCUGGCUUCUCUUCUGGCUCAUUUCUGCGCGCAGACCUUGUGUUUUCGAGUGUUUUUGUUUUGUUUUUUUUCUCCGAAGGGGGUUGAUGUGCUGAUUUCUUUGUGAAUAACAAUAGUUGUCAUUGGUUACCAUGUCCAUGGCUACUGUUGCCAUGAUUCCUUUCUGAUAAGUCACACGUCGUUCCUCAUAUUCUUGCAGAUAUCGGUCCCUCGCUGCGUUUCUUUUCCUUUCUCCUCGUCGUCCUUUUGUCUCGGAGUGAUUGAGGAAUCAUAGCCAAGCUUAACACUUUCAGAGCCAUAGCACAUUUUCUCUCAUUCCCUCCCUGUGAUGUCAGAACUUCUCAAAGGGCUUUUCCACAGGGCUUGCUGACCUCAUGCCUCUCUCCUGCCUGUGAUUGGCUCACCUUGUGUUUUAUCGGACUUAACCUGCAUGCAUUGCAUCCUAGACGUGUAACAACCUGCCUUUAUUAUACGUCCGUUUUUGUAAGGAAACAGUCAUUGCUUUUGGCCAAUCGUGGAUGAGGAAAAGCAUGUUCAAGUGGGAAGAGUUUAAAUGGCACAGCGUGUAGCUGUUUUGCAUAAACACAGGGUGUGAUUUGCAUAAAUUAACACCACCCCCUUUCAAAAUCGAGGAAAUUAACCCCGCGUGUCAUUUUUCAAUCGGUGCACCUGCACUUUGUGUCUCUCAUGACCAAAUGUUUUGCUUUCGUUUCGGUUUUUAGUGCAAUUCCUGUCACAAAAAGCGUUUCUGCUUUCUACGCUAUUGUCAUAUAUAUAUAUAUUUUUUGCUUAAUCAAAUGUUAGGGUAACAGGCAAUGGCGGUCGGUCUUUCACGUCCCGUGUCUGUCUGUACGUCUGCUCUUUCCUACCAGAAGCUGCUCUUCUCUGCUUCCUCAUGAGGAGUGGAGAUCACCCCGCUCUCUGAUCUGAGGGAAACAAUUCAUUACCAAGAAAAGGUUUAUUUAUAUUACUGUAUUGUCAAUGGCAAUGAUAUGCUUAUUGUUAAUGGGACCAUGGGGACUGUCAACAGUCUUACACACGUGCGCGCACACACACAGACACACAUUUUGGGAUGUAUUUCGCACAUGUUAACCUGCACGCAUACAGUAUGAUUUCCUAAAGCCUGCAAAGGAGGCAGAGAUCAUAAUGUCUUUUUAAUGGCUGUUAUUAUAAUUAUUGCUGGUGUUCUAUUGGUGAGGUCUUUUUUUAUUGUUUUAAAAUCUGAAAAGGGAUUUAAGAACUUUUUGUCCUUUAAGAAACAGUAUGUUUUGCAUUUCUUUCAUUUGUUCGCUUUGGGUGUUGAAAAAAAUAAUAAUUGGCUGUUCACUCUUUCUGAAGUCUAUUUUUUCCCCUGAAUCUUAUGAGGAAUUAUUUUAAAAGAUGAUUAAAUGAUUUGGGUAGUUUGUCGAGAGAAAUGAGCUAUGGAUGGUUAUAGUCUAUGUAUAUGCUUAUGGGUAUAAUAAAUUAAACGAUUAACAAAACAGAAUUAUAUACAUAUAUAAAAUAAAAUUCAUGAUACUGUAA